AUGAAAGAUGGGGUUGAGGAUGGAAAUUCAGGAGAUAUAUAUGACAAGUUCUUCGGAAUUUAUGAUCUGAGAAAAGUUUUCGCAGUUGAAUUUUUUGCAUGGCUCCUUGCUCAAGGAAUAGAAUCAGAUUUUAAUGACGACCAAAGUACAAAUAAUUUCUUUCUCAGAGUUGACAAACUACAAAACGAUACAUGCUGGAGACCAUAUAAAAAAGAUGAUAAAAAGCUUGUGUCCCGUACUUUGGAGUAUAUUGAAAACCUAGAAAAUAAGUUGAUACCGAUGACAAGCUUUGAUAAAUCUCUCCGGAAAAGAUUUAUUACUAAUAUAAGGGCCAUCAAUGUUUCGAAAUGGACACUAAUGGAUAAAAAUAAUAUUGAAAUUGAUGUUGUCAAAACAAUUUGUCGAAGUAUUACUGAGGAAAUGAUAAUGAAUCUAGAGUAUAAUAAUCCUUUAUUAUCAUACGUGGCUGAUUUUUCAAAUCUACCCAAAGAAAUCAAAGAUGCAUUUGAUGAGCAAAUGCUAAUCACAAUGACAGCCCCACCAAUAAAAUUCUAUCGAGACAUGGAUCCUAUUUCAGAAAAAUAUCUUGUAAACUUGUAUGAAAACCAACAAGUAUGUGAAAAAUUAUUUCCACAAGUUAGCGAUACAAGCUCUUUAUUUCUGGAACAGUAUUUUCUUUGGAAAGCAUGCUGCAAACUAUUUGAGAUGUGGAAUAGUAAUAAUUUUAAUAAAGACUUCACGACUACGUUUAAUGAAGGUACAUGGGAACAUUUUGCAUUACACCCAAUAUUUGAUAUUUUGACUUUAAGUUUAGAUAAAUGUGUGUUACGCUGGGGUGAAAGUACAUCGAGUGCGUCAAAAUAUCGGAAGACUGAAAAUAUAAGAUUUGAGAUGGAAAUACGUGAACAUUUAGAUCGAAUAAUGGCACCGUUUCUCACAUUUUUACAAGCAAAGAAGGCAGAUACCUGGAUUGAAAUGAUGAUUGCAAAAAAUCUCUAUGAGAUUGUAUUUGCUGAAACAUCAGGGUCACUAUUUCAAGCUACAUGUACAACCAAAAAGGUGUAUAAUGAUAAAUGUAAAUUAAUACACUUUGGGCAUGAUUCAAAAAAUAAGAUGCUCGACAAACUUAUUGAGAAGAAAUGCACAUAUUUAUCUGAUUGGAAGAAUCUUUGUAAUGAUAUUCGUAAGGCUGAAUUGUUAUUAUUCCAAGCUUAUGAAGUGAAGCUCAAAGUUCUUGUCUUAGAUUGUCCAGCACACCCUUUUUGUCACGUGAGAGAAUUAUUUGACUUAGAUAUUCCAUAUAAAAAAGUAGCGAUAGAAGAAUUUAAGAUAUUUAUUCAAGCUUUAUGGGCAAUCAGAUGUGCACUAUCUGAUAUUAUUCAUGAUUAUGAAAAAAUAGGAGAAAGAUUGUUAAAAGAUUAUAAUAAGAUUGCUGGUUCAGGUCCGUAUGAAGUUAAUUGUGGAGUACGAGGCUAUCAAUCACACCCUUCUCCGUAA